AUGGCAGCUGCCCCAUCCCUUUACGCAGCCUCAACAGGCCUCUGCGCAGACUCGAUCGAAUCCGUCCCAGGAGUGCAAGGCCUCUUCGCCCUCGCCACAUAUCAAGUGGACAAGCACGAGCAAGAGCAAGCGCAGUCCUCCACCUCCAGCGCUACUCCCGAAUCCGCACAGGUCCACAGCAGCAACGAGGAAGACGAAGACGACACAGAGGAACAGGACGCAGAACCGAGCAGCUCGACGAGUCCGGAAUACACAAGGCGCGGUACAUGCAGCCUUUACUAUGCUUCGCCAUCGUUGAGCGCGGCAGGACGGGUGGCCUGUGAAAAGGUCGACAUGAUCGAGACGCCGGCGAUUCUGGACAUGAAGUGGUCACUCACCAGGGACAGCGAUGCGUCCGAGGCGCGGAGGGUGCUCGGCGUGGCAAAUGCUAAAGGUCAGAUCACACUGCAUCGUCUACAGCAAAGCGUGGGCGCGAAAGUGGGCUCGAAGCUGCAACCUCUGGGAGAGCUGCAGUUCAACAACCGCAACGCUCUUUGUCUCAGUCUCGACUUCUCAGAUCGCACCGGAGGACACGUUGGCGGAUAUGAUAUGGCCGACUUGGCACGAGACACCUCGAUGAUCGUCUCUCAAAGCGAUGGCUCUCUCGCGUACCUGCCGAGCUUAGAAGCUGCACUUUCCAGCUCUAGUACCACACUUCCAGCCGAGGACAUUGCGUCGGAACUUGCUCGGACAUCGAUACACAAAGGAGGUCCCGCCAGCGACGAGCAGGAAGACGACUGGGAUAGAACCAGCGAAGACGAGCGACAAGCCUCUCUCGAAGCCGCACACACUGCACUCAACUCUGGCUUCCCCGCCAGACCGCACGGACUGACCGCCUGGGCAGCACACGACUUCGAAGCCUGGAUCGCCGGCUUCGACUGCUUCCACCCGACCACCGUCUGGUCUGGUGGGGACGAUCUCAGCCUGAAAGGCUGGGACGUGCGUUCCCCCUCACACCCUCCUAGACCGACCUUCACCUGCUCCAAACCCUUCAGCGGCGGCGUGACGUCUCUCCAAUCGCACCACCUGCGAGAGCACGUCUGGGCGGUGGGGAGCUACGAUUCGCACUUGCGCCUGUUUGACGCACGCAUGCCAGCACGUCCGCUGAGCGAGACGCACGUCGGUGGCGGAGUGUGGCGCAUAAAAUGGCAUCCGGAGGACGCAGGGUCGGUGCUCGUCGGGUGCAUGCACGACGGAUUCAAGGUGUUGCGGCUGGCCGAGCUGACAGAGGAGGCGGUGGGCGCGGCGGCGUUGAGGGGGAAAGAGUUGGACGUGAUUACGAGGUUCGACGAGCAUGCUAGUCUGGCGUAUGGCUGCGAUUGGGACCGGGGUGCGCAAGGAGGUGGAGGGAAGCAGACAGACCGCGUCUACAGCUGCUCGUUCUACGAUGCGUCUCUUCAGAUCUGGGACUCUCAAGCAGCGUGA